AUGGUAGAUCUGUUAGAUGCACAGAAGGAGAACCUGGAACUUGCGAUGUGCGGGUGGCGGCUUAUCAGAAGACAUGCACCGUUCCCGUCCCCCUUCAACAACGGAAUCUUCCUGCUAAAGAACACCUCAUUCGCGAGGUAUUCUGAAUUAGAACAGCUGGUGGGACAAGACUCCAGCGAGAUUGGAGGAGGGGCGCAACGUGGUACGGAGAAUAGAUGGCCGCAGCGAACAGAAUCUAUCCAGGACAAGCAGGGUCGGAUGAUUCUGCACUACGGCGACAUGACCGACAGCAGCUGCCUAGUUAAGAUCAUUUCGGCCGUCCACCCGGAGGAGAUCUACAACCUGGCCCGUCAAGGUUUGUUCGACCUGAGCGGAUACACGGCCGAAGUGGACGCCGUGGGGACGCUCCGGCUGCUGGAUGUCAUCCGGACGUGCGGAUUGGAAAAGUCGGUAAAGUUUUACCAGACAAGUUCGUUGGAUUUGCACGGGAAGGUCCUCGAGACGCCGCAGAACGAAAAAAAACUCCGUUUAACCACGAAUCGCCGAGCCGCGGGGAAAACUUCGUAUCCCGCAAGAUCACACGAACGCCUAAACGUUUUCGGAAUGGCCGUAUUGAAGCUACCGGAUAAUCAGAACGCCGUCUGGGCCGUCGAGAAACGCGCGGACGACAGUGGCGCCGUCCGAGUGACCUCGACGCAGGCGUGCACCUAUUAUAGCCCUCGCCGAGUUGCACAAACUCCAGCAACUCCUGCUAACCCACGUCGAGCUACCAAGUCGGAAGAGUCCACCUGGCCGGGAAUGGACUUCGAGCCUCAGAUUCGAACAAAAAUAAUCGAUCUGGCUGGAUCAGGUGCUGAUGUGGACGGCGACGUGGCCGAAGGUAGCUCGCUGGUGGGGGACCGCAACUUCUACCAGAUUGUGGAAAUUUGCAAGGAGAACGAAAAGGAGAUCAAUAUCUUUAUUGAGAAGAAAAACAAAAAUGCGAUGCGCUGGAUGAUGAUGAAGGAUGUGAUUAAGGCCCUGCCGGAGAAUGUCGAGCACCGGGUGAAUGCGUUCAAGCAGCUGCAGAAGAAGUACCUCAAGUUAGAGGCCAAAUUCUUCGAGGAGGUUUACGCGUUGGAGUGCAAAUACCAGGAGCUGUACCAGCCCCUGGGGCGCAAGAAAGCGGUCAUCACCGGGGAGUCGGAGUUAGGUGAGGCCGACCGGAAGCAAGAGUCCGAGGACGAGGUUGACGCCGAAGUGACGGAACGCUUCAAGCGAUUGGCCGUCAACUGUAAAACCGGCACUCGAAGAUCAUCAAGGACGCGCAUGGCAUUCCAGCGUUCUGGUUGACGGUGUUCAAGAAUACUCAGACCAGACCAAUGUGAACUAGCAAGAAAGCAAGAUAGCAAAUUAGUAAAAUAGCAAAAUAGGAAAACGGCAAAAACAAAGCAGCAAAUUUUGAAAAAUUGCAAACCAGUAUGUAGUAAAAUUGGCAAACUCAUCAACAAAAUGGAAAAAUCGUGCUUGCCAUUUCAUUAGGGCACAUAACUUUUGUAAACAAGAGUGUGUCCCUUUCACACCUUAUGCAAACUGUCAUUUGAGUGAAAGGGAUACACUAUUGUUUACAAAAGUUAUGUGCCCUUUUGAAAUGUUAGGCUCCAAAUAGCAAAAUAGCUAAAUUAAAAAAAAACACACAGCAGACCAGUAAAAUAGCAAAAUGGGAAAAAAGUUAAAUAGUUCAAUAAAAAAAACCCUCUUCAAACGAAUCAUGUCUCUGCGAUACGGCUUUACGCAGUAGGCCUGGCCGCUUUAACGCUUUUGGUGUUUCAAUGCAUUCUAAUGCAAUGGCGCACUACAAAUGUGAAUAAAUGACGAGAAGAGUGCUAGGCGUUAUCUAACCAAAGGCACUCUCCAGGAUCCCUUCGAAAGAUUGGCUGCGCUAGGGUCUAAAUAGCUAAAUACAUAAAUUUAAAAACAGCAGAAUAGCCAAAGAGUAAAAAGCUAACCAGUAAAAAAACAAAAUAGCAAAAUAGCAAAAUGGGAAAAAGGCAAAAUAAAAAAAAACAAAAUAGAUAAAUUUAAAAUCAACAAGCAAAAUAACUAACUAGCCAAUCAAACAGUAGCAAAAUUGGCAAAAUAUCAAAAAAGUUAAAUGGUAAAAUAGAACAAUAAAAAAAAUAACAGGAUAGCAAAACAGCCAAAAAGCACAACAACAACAAAAAAAGCAAAAACAGCAAAAAACAAAACACCUCAAUUAAAAAAUAGCACAAUAGCUAUAACAAACCAUCAAAACGGCAAAAUACCAAAAUGGUAAAAGCAAACCAGUAGAAUAGAAAACAAAUAAAAAGCAGGUUAUGGUAAAAUAGCAAAACAGCUAAAUAGCACUAUAGCAAUCCAAUAAAAUAGCAAAAUGGAAAAAGCAAACCUGCUGAAAAGCAAACUAGCAAAUCAGUAAUAUAUCAAAAUAGAAAAAUUCAAAAAAAGCAAGUUUGCAAAAUAGCAAAGCAGUAAAAAAGCAAAAUUGAAAAAGGCUAAAAAGAAAAAAACAAAACAGCAAAAAAACUAUCUAGGAAAAUAGCAAAACACCAAACUGAAAAAAUAGCAAAAUACAUAGCUUAUAAAAACAGCAAAAUAGCCAAAGAGCAAAAAAGCUAACCAGUAAAAUAUCAAAAUGGAAAAAAGCAGAAUAGCAAAAUAGCAAACCAGUAAAAAAAAUGGCAAAAUAUCAAAA